UUUGAACAGAACGAACACCGACAUUUGAACACAAAACCCCUAGACCUUGUGAAGCUUCAGUGUCCAAGUAUAAAGGAACUAAUCUGGAACAUUGACGUCAAAGGGAGGUUCCAAGUUGGGAAGAUUUUUGAAUCUGAUGGAGAGAUCUAGAUCUAAACGGAACUAUUACUACGACCAGGAAUAUGAUGCCGAUAUGGGUAAGACCAAACCCAGGUUCAACCACCACCAUGCGGGCCCGCCUCCCAAUAACCGCCGCGGUGGUCGGCAGUCGAAACCCCAGGACUCUCCCAUCAACGUGACUACAAGCUACCGAAUUCUUUGCCACGACAUGAAGGCAGGUGGCGUGAUUGGGAAGUCUGGGAGCAUCAUCAAGUCCAUAAGGCAGCAUACCGGCGCCUGGAUCAACGUACACGAAUUGAUCCCUGGCGAUGAGGAGCGGAUUAUUGAGAUUUCCGAUACGCGCCGACGGGACCCGGAUGGGAGAAUGCCAUCAUUCUCUCCCGCACAGGAAGCUCUGUUUCUCAUUCACGAGAGGAUAUUGGAGAGUGACGCGCAAUUUCCGUGGGUUGGGUAUGGUGGGAACGAGGAGGAGGAGUACGGAGGAGGAGGAGGAGGGAGAGGAGGGAAUGCUAAUCGAGUGGCCACGAGGCUUGUGGUGUCGAGGAUGCAUGUGGGUUCCUUGUUGGGGAAGGGAGGGAAGAUAAUUGAGCAAAUGAGGAUGGAGACAAAGACCCAGAUUAGGAUUCUGCCUAGAGAUCACAACCUGCCGCGUUGUGUUUCAGUGUCAGAGGAGAUUGUUCAGGUUGUAGGUGAUAUGAAUUCUGUGAAGAAUGCCAUAGAAAUUAUUUCAUCACGCUUGAGAGAGAGUCAACAUCGUGAUCGCAGUCAUUUCCAUGGACGAAUACAUUCUCCUGAACAAGUGUUCCCUCCUGAUGAUGAUUAUAUUCCUCUUAUUAAUAACACAGCACGGCGGUCAUCCAUGGAUGGGCCCCAUUUUGGACCGCGAUUAUCUGCUGCCGGUUACAGAAAUAAUAAUUAUGGCCAUCGUCCAUCUGGUUAUGCAAUUGAAUCUGGGGUUGUUCCAGUUAUUGCUAAUGCACAGACCUUUUAUGGUGAGGACUUGGUGUUCAGAAUUCUCUGUCCUAUUGACAAGGUCGAUAGAGUUGUUGGAGAGACAGAUGGUAUACUAGACUUACUUCAGAAUGAAAUUGGGGUGGAUGUUAAGGUUGCUGAUCCCGUGGAUGGGUCAGAUGAACAAAUAAUUAUCAUUUCUUCUGAGGAGGGUCCUGAUGAUGAGCUCUUUCCUGCUCAAGAAGCUCUGUUGCAUAUCCAAACGCGCAUUGUUGAUCUAGUUCCAGAUAAAGACGGUAUUAUUACAACUAGGUUGCUUGUUUCAUCCAGUGAAAUUGGGUGUCUAGAGGGAAGAGAGGGAUCAUUGUCCGAGAUGAAUAAAUUAACUGGCGCAAACCUACAUAUUUUGCCAAAGGAAGAACUUCCUGGAUGUGUCUCGGCAACUGAUGAACUUGUACAGAUUGUAGGUGAGAUAAAAGCAGCCCGUGAUGCUCUUGUUGAGGUGACGUUAAGGCUACGGAGGGAGUUGUACAGGGAGUUCUUUCAAAAGGAUACAAUUCCCUCAAUUUCUGCACCAGGUCCUGUUGGAAGCACUUUAUCAGUGGAGACAGCUUCCCCAAAUAACAUAACUCCAGCUCAUGGUGGUCUUACUGGUAGCGGUAUAGCUCCUACAACAUAUCAGAAUAUUCAAAUCACUGCAACGGCUCAGCCAUCAAAGGAAGCUGGAGGAUCUGCUGGUGAAACAGUGAAGCAGAUCGAGACUGAACGCCGUGAAGAUGCGCCAGUUCCUGUGAGUAGAAUACCUGUACCCCUCAUCACUAGGAGUACAUUCGAAGUUGUGAUACCAGAUUAUGCAGUUCCCAAGCUCAUAACCAAAUCCAAAAACAAGCUUGCACAGAUCAGUGAGAUAUCUGGAGCCAAUGUGACGGUGGUAGAAGAUAGGCCAGAGGUAACACAAAAGAUAAUCCAAAUAUCUGGCACUCCGGAACAGGCAGAAAGAGCCCAAAGCUUGCUUCAAGGAUAUUUUUUGAGCAUGCAAGAAGAUGGACCUUAAGCUAGCUUGAGAAAUGUGCAGUCUGGAAGUCAGAGAUGAUUAAAGAAGGAGAGCCCCAUUCAGAUUUUGGCUAUCACCGGCUUUUGUUGAUGUAUAAUCCUGCAACUGGUGGAGCUUUAAAUUGCGAGGGGAGCGUCUAACACCAUUUCUAGAUUACUAUGUUAUAGGAAAUGGUUCGGGUGUACAUGUGACAUAAGGAACUCGCAUCAUGUUUUGUUGUGCAAUUUUCCUGUAUGAAUACGGAAUUGCAUUUGGUUUGUUUGUUUGUUUGUUUGUUGUUGUGUAUGAGGAAGUCCAGAAUUUGAAAUUUAUUUUGUAAAUCGAGACACAAGAAGAGGGCUCUCUGUUAUUAGUUAGCUUGGAUUGAGAACAACUCUUUCUAAUUGGUUCACGCAUUGCAGCUAAUGUGUGUGGCGAACUUCCGU